AUGUUAUUCGAUAUUGUUUCAUCGACCAAACGUCUUGGUGUUGAAAAUAUUACUGAUGAAGAUUUUUCUGAUCGUUUGUCAUCAACUUACACUGUUAUUCUGUUAGGUGUCAUUGUUUCAUGUGUCACCGUUGGUAUCUACGUUGGAACACCAAUUGAAUGUUUAACAUCUACAGAUCUGCCAGGAAAUCACAAAGAAUAUGUUGAAUCCUAUUGUUGGAUUUAUUAUACGUAUCAUAUAUCAGCUGAACAAUCAUUGACACGUGACACCGUUCGUCAAUAUCGAACAAAUUAUUAUUUUUGGACACCGUUUAUUUAUACAUUUUGUGCUCUAUGUUUUUAUUCUGGUUCAUUAUUUUGGCAAUCAUUUGGUCAACGAGCUACAUUCGAUAUUCCACGAUUAUUGAAAACAUUAGUUAAAUUAAAAAUACCGAAUUUUGAUCGCCAUAAAACGUUUUUAGAAAUUGCUAAUCAUUAUGAUAAAGUUUAUAAUUACGAGAAAAUCAUGGAACCAACUUUGCAUUCAUAUAUGAAGCGUUUACUUUCAAAAUGUUCAUUUUUUGCAGGUUCUGGUUAUUUAACAUGGAUCUAUUUUGUUAUGAAAUUCAUUUAUCUUAGCAAUGGUAUUCUUCAAUUUUAUUUUUUGAACAAACUACUUGGUUUUAAAUAUUAUACGUUUGGUAUUGAUUUUUUGACAAGUCUAAUAAGAGAUGAACAAUAUAAAGUACUAAAAUAUUUUCCACGCAUUACAUUUUGCGAUUAUCAGUUAAGAACAGUCGGUGAUAAUAUUGUUAAUAAUACAGUACAAUGUGUAUUGCCAAUGAAUAUGUUUAACGAACGUUUAUUUCUUCUCCUUUGGUUUUGGUUUAUUUUUGUGAUUGUGAUAACCGGUAUAAAUAUUAUUUAUUGGUUGACAAUAAUGAGUUAUAGAGGGCGUCAUCGAGAAAUUAAACGACAUUUAAGAAUAUGUGCCAAAUUAGAAUUUAAUAAGAAGAAAAAUGUAGAUAUAAAACAUUUAUUAGAUAUAUUUAUUGACGAUUAUUUAAGAGGUGAUGGAAUUUUGUUUGUAAAAUUGAUACAAAAAAAUGCUGGCAUAGUAGUAGCAGGUGAAAUGGUGUCAGUAUUAUGGGAAAAAUUUAAAACAAAGCAACAACUUUCGUCCGUUAAAAUUCAAAACAGAGACAAACAUGAUGAUGAUGAUGAUCAGCAAUAUUUGUUACAAAAACCUAUUCAGUCAAUAAAAAUUUUUUCAUCCAAUGGCAAUAGUCAUAUUAUCGAUGAUAAAGAAGAAUGA